GCUCGGACAUGGCCAUCUUCUGCCUGCUGUGUGGGAAGCGCUUCCAGGCGCAGCCGGCGCUGCAGCAGCACAUGGAGGUCCACGCCGGUGUGCGCAGCUACAUCUGCAGCGAGUGCAACCGCACCUUCCCCAGCCACACGGCACUCAAACGCCACCUUCGCUCGCACACAGGUCAGUGGCAGUGGCGACGCAUACCAUCUAGGAGCAGCUACACUAUAUAUACAAAAGUAUGUGGACACCCCUUCUAAUUAGUGGAUUUGGCUAUUUCAGCCACACCUGUUGCUGACAGGUGUAUAAAAUCGAGCACACCACCAUGCAAUCUCCAUAGACAAUCAUUGGCAGUAGAAUGGCCUAACUGAAGAGCUCAGUGACUUUCAACGUCGUACCGUCAUAGGAACCCACCUUUCCAACAAGUCAGUUCAUCAAAUUUCUGCCUUGCUAGAGCUGCCCCGGUCAACUGUAAGUGCUGUUAUUGUGAAGUGGAAACGUCUAGGAGCAACAACGGCUCAGCCGCGAUGUGGAAAGCCAUCCCAGAAGACUGGAGGCUGUUAUAGCAACAAAGGGGGGACCAACUCCAUAUUAAUGCCCAUGAAUUUGGAAUGAGAUGGUCGACGAGCAGGUGUCCACAUACUUUUGGUCAUGUAGUGUAUGUGAACUCCCCCUCUAUCCUAGUGGACUAGGACACACUCCAAUAGGCUACUCAUGUUCUCUCACACUAACCAGUAAACUCAAACACCUCUGACUACCCUACUAACAUAUGACGUUGUCACAACGUUGCAGAUAGAUUGUGAGAAGGUUGGUCAUCACAUUAGGCAAUUUGCGCUGUGACAACAUCAUUUUGCAAUGUUGUGGCAACCAGUGAAAACUACACAUAGACCUGCUAAAGACUGACAGGGAAAAGGUUGUCAACACAGUACCCUUAGGUCAACAGCUGUAAAGGAAUCCAUAUUUCUUAUGAUGACGUGAUGGAUUGUCCCGUUGACAGACAUGGGUGACAGUAUAUUCGACAAGUGGCGAUGUCUCAGUAGUCUAGCAUCAGUUUAAACUCUAGAGCCCUGCAGGGCAACAACACGUGUCUCACCACAUCAUGCUCAUGGUUCUGGCUCCUGAACAUGGUUGCCUAUUAUCUAACUCACUACAAUGUUUCUUCCUAGAAGGAAUUGUGUAAUCCCGGCUCUAAAACACAUUUAGUGUUUCCUAGUAGGCUAGUCUACUAUUUGCAUGGCUGGCUGAAUAAACAGAGAGAUCUGGUCAUUUGCUGAAUAAAUUCAUACCAUGAUCAAACGGAGCUGCUAUAUACCUCCAGGCUGGCUCGUUGGUGAGGAAAGGCCAUGUUAAUACUGUCUGUUGUGAGAAGGACGAGGCUGGAGAGAGUGCCUGGUGGAUGAGGUGAUUUAGGGAGAAGCCCCUGUUACCGUGACAGAAUAUGAGAACAUGGAAAUGAAUCCCAUUUCGCUUGCAAAGGAUAGACACUCUCAUCUUCCCUUUUUUUUCCCUCUAUCCUCCGCCGUCUGUCUGCGACCUUAAAUAACAGUCUCUCUGUCAGAGCUGAUCUAGCUCACUGGCUCACAGAUAAAUAUUUGAAACGAAGGCGGCGAGAUGAGCGCAGCCAACUUAUUUACAAGCCGAGGUGCAGUGAUUUAGUGCGACUGACAAGAUGAGGUGGUCCUGUAUACUGUACUUCCGCGUCUGCUACUCUGCUUUCGCGCCAAACCUCGGGAGAGGACCAAUGACGUAUACAGUGCAUUAGGAAAGUAUUCAGACCCCUUGACUUUUUCCACAUUUUGUUACGUUACAGCCUUAUUCUAAAAUGGAUUAAAUUGUUCUUCAUCAAUCUACACACAAUACCCUGUAAGGACAAAGCAAAAACAGGUUUUUAUACAUUUUUGCAAAUAUAAAAAAAAUAAAAAACAGAAAUAUACAUUUACAUAAGUAUUCAGACCCUUUACUCAGUACUUUGUUGAAGCACCUUUGGCAGCGAUUACAGCCUCGAGUCUUCUUGGGUAGGGAGCUAUAAGCUUGGCACACCUGUAUUUGCGGAGUUUCUCCUAUUCUUCUCUGCAGAUCCUCUCAAGCUCUGUCAAGUUGGAUGGGGAAUGUCACUGCUCAGCUAUUUUCAGGUCUCUCCAGAUAUGUUCGAUCGGGUUCAAGUCCGGGCUCUGGCUGGACCACUCAAGGACAUUCAGAGACUUGUUCCGAAGCCACUCCUGCGUUGUCUUGGCUAUGUGCUUAGGGUCGUUGUCCUGUUGGAAGGUGAAUCUUCGCCCUAGUCUGAGGUCCUGAGCGCUCUGGAGCAGGUUUUCAUCUCUGUACUUUGCUCCGUUCAUCUUUCCCUCGAUUCUGACUAGUCUCCCAGUCCCUGCCGCUGAAAAACAUCCCGACAGCAUGAUGCAAUCUUGGUUUCAUCAGACCAGAGAAUCUUGUUUCUCAUGGUCUGAGCGUUCUUUAGGUGCCUUUUGGCAAACUCCAAGCGGGCUGUCAUGUGGCUUUUACUGAGGAGUGACUUCCGUCUGGCCACUCUACCAUAAAGGCCUGAUUGGUGGAGUGCUUCAGAGAUGGUUGUCCUUCUGGCAGGUUCUCUCAUCUCAGCCAAGGAACUCUGUCGUUCUGUCAGACUGGUCAUUGGGUUCUUGGUCACCUCCCUGACCAAGGUCCUUCUUUCCCGGUUGCUCAGUUUGGUCGUACGGCCAGCUCUAGGCAGAUUCUGGGAAGUUCCAUAUUUCUUUCCAUUACCCAAUGAUGGAGACCACUGUGCUCUUGGAAACUUUCAACACUCUAGAAAUUGUUGUAUACCCUUCCCCAGAUAUAUGCCUCAUCACAAUUUUAUCUCGGAGAUCUACGGACAGUUACUUGGAAUUCAUGGUAUAGUUUCUGCUCUGACAUGCACUGUCAACUGUGGGACCUUAUGUAGACAGGUGUGUUUCUUUCUAAAUCAUGUCCAAACAAUUGAAUUGGCCACAGGUGGACUCCAAUCAAGUUGUUGUGACAUCUCAAGGAUGAUCAAAGGAAAUUGGAUGCACCUAAGCUCAAUUUGGAGUGUCAUAGGAAAGGAGUGUGAAUACUUAUGUAAAUUAGAUACUGUAUUUAUGUAUUUCAUUGUCAGUAAAUGUACAAACAUUUCUAAAAACAUGUUUUCACUGUCAUUAUGGUGUAUUGUGUGUAGAUGGGUGAGAGAAAAAUAAAUAUUUAAUCAAUUUUGAAUUCAGGCUGUACCACAUGAAAUGGGGAAUAAGUCAAAGGGUAUGAAUACUUUCUAUCUCACAGCUGCAAGCACAAUAGCUAGAGCAAGUACAAUAUACACAAUAUACGCAUGCUUGAUAGAUCAUUGUUUCGGUAGACCGAUAGCUUUGGAAAGCAGCUUCGCUGAUGUCGCCCUCUGUUUGACAUUGGUUCAAUAUUGAUGACAGAGCGAGGCAACAGAUUUAAUUUAGCUUAUUACAGUGUAUCAAUCUCCCAUUUAUUUAUUCCCUGGAGAAGGUUACGCUAACCCCACAGUCUGUUUCCCUCUCACUUCUUCCACUCUGUCUCUCUAUUCAUCUGUAAUCCCCAUUUUUGUUCUCUAUCUGACACAUUCUAUCUAUCCCUCUCCCUCUUUCUUCCCCUCUCUCGUUUCAUCUCUGUUCCUCAAAAGAGAGGCUGCACACACACAGGCACACACACAUGGACACACUGUUGUACAAUGGGGCCUCAUAAUGAUGGCGGCCUCCUCCGUCCUCCCUCCCCUCUGCGCUUGCAGACGCGCGCCCCGGUCCCUCGUUAAUAUUCCGUUGUUGUGCGACGGUCGCUUGUGUAUUUUAACUCUGAGCCCAUUUGCCGUCUGUGGCGGAGUGUUUUGUGUUCGCAGCUGUGUUUGAUAGCGUCAGGCUAGAGAGAGAGAGAGAGAGAACGAUAGAUAGAGGGAGAGAGAGGGCCCUGGCAGUGACAGAGCCCCCUGAUUUACCGACGCUUAUCGCAUAAUGAACCAGCCCUCGGUGCCUACGGGCACACGGCGCUCACGCCAGCACCUGGGGGAGUGGGGAUAGACUGAAGUGGGGUGGGGGCAUGGGGGUUGAGGCAGCAGGUACACCCCCAGGGGGCAUGGAAACGCAGGUGGCAGCACCCAGGGUACCCAAGGGUCCACUCCUAGUCCACUGUUCUGCCUCAGUGUGCUGGGUCCUCAUCUGUGCCCCCUCGCUGUCAUUAGACCCCAGCAGGCACUGUGUCUGUCUGACAGACACAGAGAGAGAAAGGGAGAGAGAAGGGGGAGCAGCAGAGCGGUGCAGUGAGAGAGACGGCGAUAUAAAGAGUUGUGGGAGGGGAAAAAAGAGGGAGGGAGGGAGGGGGGAGAGAUGGAGUGAGAGAAGGAAAAGGGAAAGGAGGGAGGGGAGAGAGAGAGAGGGACAGAGCGAGAGAGAUAGUGAAAGCCUUCUGAUUUACGAUGCUGUAUCUCCAGUGCCUGGGAGCGUAAUGUAUUACUGACUAAAUGAAGUCCUGCCUGGCCUUUGGAUUGCAGCACAAUGUGAUUAUGGCAUUGUCUUACAUUUGUUAAAGUCAAACAUUGACUUUUUGCAUAAGGAAGCAAUGAAGUCCCCUCCCUGAUAAUAACAAUGACAUUUUGUUAGUUUUAUAUAUAUAUAUAUAUAUAUAUAUAGUAUGUGUUAUAACACAUUGUCUGUGUGAAUUUGAAGGUAAGUAACCUUCCAUAGUCUGUGCACUGAGCAUUAGCAUGCUCUCCUCCAGAUCUGUCUGAUUGGGGCUCAGCCUGCUCCUAAUUAAAGGCAGGUGAAUCUCAGCUCCAUUACUAUUCCUGUAGCGUCGUGUGGGCUCCGCCGUGCUCUGUCAUGGAUUGUGAUCUCUGCAGUGGCUGAAACGCUAGAAAAGAGCACAAUGUCUUACAGCGGGAGCCACUGAUAACUUCAUGCAAACAAAUAAAGACUGUCACUUUUAUAGAUUUUUCCCCUCCCCCCUUCCCUCCUCAUCCCUCCACUCUUGAUUCUCCCUCAGUCUCUCCCUCUCUUUCUCUAUAUAUCUUUUUUUCUCGCUCUCUUUUUAUCCCUGCCCUCCCCCCAACCAGAAAGCGUCAAACUCGCCGGGCGUCGCAUCACCCCAAACAGCCGCCGCGUCCAAAUGUGAAUAGCAUUUAAGGCGCAUCUCUCUCCAACGAAAAUACGUGCCAGAGGAAAUUGACAUUGUCUCUUGACGGGGGUGAUGGGUGCCCGAGCAUGACAGUACAUAACGAGAAAUGCAAUUUAUUCCCUGGCACGGUGCCUCUCGGACAGCUAGAUAAUGAAACGCGUAGGUCAUUGGCGAUGACUUAAACCUUCAGCGGUGGAGUGAAAUGCAUUAAAUAUCGAGAACAUUACACGCCUGGCAGCAUGGCGCAUCUGUACCGGGGUGCGAAUGAUGUAUGAGCAGCUGCUAGUCAGACACAGGAAAGCAAUUAGUCACCGAGUGUUGGAGAGAGCCUCCGCAUAUCAUAAUAUCCCUGAUUAUUGACAUCUAAAUAUCCAUUACACGAGUGUCCCCAGGGUGGCAAGGGUACAGUGCUCUAACUUGACCUACAAAAAGGGAGAACUUGAGUGGACUGGAACAAGUGUUUUUACAAAUGAUGUUAGAAUGUUGUCCCCGAUAGCUCAGUGUGAUUGCGAACCUAUUCUAGUCUUUGUCACGUAAUAUUCAUCUUCUCAUUAAAUAGAAACACACUUGUACUUCUAUAGCUUUCUUUCUGUAUGACCUCUGUUAUGUUUGUAUAUUUGCAACUGUAACACAAAGCUGUGAGUGCACUCCAAUUUGGUUGUUCCCUUUUAUUUAUUUUAUGUGUCUCUCUAUCUUAGUUAUUACAUGAAGGACUGCAACUCAAUCAAACAUGAUCAAAUAUUGUAGGAGAAAUAUCUUUGGAAUUAUGUUCAAUUGUUAUAAAGGGAGUCUGUGUUGUCCCCUUGUUCAGCAGGUGACCAUCCGUAUGAGUGCGAGUUCUGCGGGAGCUGCUUCCGUGACGAGAACACUCUAAAGGGCCACAAGCGCAUCCACACCGGGGAAAAGCCCUAUGAAUGUAACGGCUGUGGUAAGAGGUUCAGCCUCAAGCACCAGCUGGAGACCCACUACCGUGUGCACACAGGUAUGCAUCAUUAGAAUCACAAUGGACGGGAAAAUCACCGGAUAUAUGUAAACUCCGUUAAACUGGGAAAAUGUUAACUCUGGUACACUGGGAAAAUAUCAGCUCUGUUACACUGGGAAAAUAUCAGCUCUGUUACAGUGGGAAAAUUGUACAAGCUUUCAUGGCUUGUACAACAAAUAGAGUAAAAGGGUUAGUGUACCAUGCUAAUAGUUUCUAACAGUACAGUUCCCUCUGGAGACUAGUUAACUCACUGGAGAUCCAGCUCGGCUCCAUAACAGAUUGAAUUCAGUGUUGUAACACAGAAGAAGGGGAAGUGUAUGACAAGUGUUCAAUAGUUUUAUACUGGGCAUUAAGAUGGGCUGGGAGCAAUGUGCGCAAUAGAUUGCUCAUUUUACAAAGCAUACUGUACACAGACUGUUUUUAUGAAUGAUUCCAAGGGCCAGUAAACAGAGGCUUGCGGAGGAGCCACCAUAUUGAUCCCAGGCCUUUACAGCUCCAUAAAGGUGUCAAUCAGCCGCUGGCACUUGUCACUCUCGUGAUUUACGUCCCCAGACAUGAGGAUUAGGGGCAUGUGCUGUGAGUCAGUGUGCCAUGAGGGACACACACCACCUAGUAUCCCAGGUCUGCUGUUGAGCCAAGGUUUUACCUGCUUCAACCCUCCACCAACACUCCUCCCCUGUCUCCCAUUCAAUAAGCCAGCUGUUAAGCCGCACUAUCAAGACAGCCUGUCAAAUAAUUGCCCCCCCCCCUUUCCCCUUUUGUGGGGCCAGGGGCCUUAAUUCGCGGUGAGCCAAAGCGCACUGGAGAUAACAAGAGCAAGUGACAAGCUGACAGUCAAAGGCCACCGCGCACAAAAGGGGGCCGCUUGAUGAAUCAUCGACAUUGGCAACCUCCCCCCUCCUUCCCCCCUCCCCGAGUCCCACCUGUCAAUGGCGGAUCAAUACUGGUUCCCAUUUGCAAUUCAUUAGUGCCCAAUUAUCUGAGGCGACCCUGUUUACAGUGUGGUUAUUGUAUACACUGCUGGCACGUGGGGCCUCGGCAGUCAACACGCACUGUAAUCACCAUCUUCUUGGCAUGGCUAUUUGCGUAGGCAGGUAAACACAACCCUGACCCCCUUCCCACAGGUCAAGUUUGGCCAGGUUCGACGCUUCGAAAAAAUAUAUAGGAAUAGAUGCAGGGACACAUCAGAGAUAUCCAUCGGCAUCCAGCAACGAGAUGCCUCUCUCUCUGUAACGUGGUGUGAGUGUCGGUAUAAUUCACAGCCCCGAUCACAUCCAACACCUCAUUUCAAAUGCCAUUGGUAAAGGUCGGCAUUUACAUGUCUAAUUUGCGCCUGUCGGAUUGAGCGCCGGGGAUUAUUCCUAGCCAUCCCUCUAAUCAUUUACACGUUCAGGAGGGGCGUGGUCCUGAAUAUCACAUGCACUGGAAUGUAGCUGCUUUGGAACAGUCGAGAAUCAGAUGUAAUAAAAUGUAAGUUGUGAUUUGAUGUUCCAAAAUGGCAUAGGUCCUAUUGGUGAUUUGAUGUUAGACAUUAGAUGUGCCAAGUAUACGUCAGUGUAACUGGAUAGGUGGGGUUUAGUUUAUAAAGCACAUUAUAGGGUUAGUUGAGAGAUUGAUUCUAAAGCCAUUGCUGCGCAGCUGCACUAUAUGAAAUACCAUUAUCCACAUGCAGAUUUCAAUUUGGCCAUGGGUAUUUUAUAGACAUGAUAGUCAUUGCUAAUUGAGACCACUAGAUGCCCCCUUCCUGCUAGCAUUGGCACGCAAUAGUGAGGAAGCACUAAAAGAAAGUUGAUACUAUAAUCUGCGACAGGUGGUCACACCUUGACAGCCUGAUCUUAUCUGUCAGGUUUGCCUUGUAAAUGUAGGAUCGACUGACUGUAUAAUGUGUCAUAUAGAGUUCCCUUCCUCAGCCUGAUGUUGUUGUUGUUGACAUGUCCGAUGUUGUUGUUGUCACCCCCUCCAGGUGAGAAGCCGUUUGAGUGCAAGCUGUGCCACCAGCGAUCCAGGGACUACUCGGCCAUGAUAAAACACCUGCGCACCCACAAUGGCGCCUCGCCCUACCAAUGCACCAUCUGCCUGGAGUACUGCCCCAGCCUCUCAGCCAUGCAGAAGCACAUGAAGGGCCACAGGCCCGAAGACAUCCCCCCGGACUGGAGGAUAGAGAAGACCUACCUGUACCUCUGCUACGUC